AUGGAUCGAGACAAGAUUGAAGCCAUCUUAAGUUGGCCAAUUCCUAAGACUAUUCAUGAUAUUCAGAGUUUUCAUGGUUUGGCUUCAUUUUACCGUAGGUUUAUCAAAAAAUUUUGCACUAUCAUUGCUCCUAUAACUGAAUGUUUGAAAGGUGGUAGUUUCAAGUGGACGGAGGAAUCAUUAAAAAGCUUUGAACUUCUCAAGAAAAAAAUCACGGAAGCUCCAAUUUUGCAACUUCCAGAUUUCGGAAGGGUAUUCGAAGUAGAUUGUGAUGCUUCUAACGUGGGGAUCGGAGGAGUUCUUAGCCAAGAAGGCAGACCCAUUGCUUAA